UCUGACCUUCCAAAUUUAACGCUUCCCUUUUCCAUUUUAUUUUAUUUAAUUUCUUCUUAUACUUUUACUUCUUCGUUUUCCUCUUCUUCUCUCUACAGUGUUUUUUUUUUCUCAAUUUCUCCGGCGACGUUUUCUCUAUCUUGUCGGAACCUUUGACUUGUUCCGAUCACUGUCAGCGCCGUCGCCAUGGGCCAUUGCUGCAGCAAAAACAUUGCUGUCAACCACGACAGCGUCGACGCCGAUCACGUCGUCAAACCUCCGACGAGCAAUCACGCGGCAGCGCCGUCGCCGGCUGCUACUCCUGGACUAUCCGUCUCGGUCCCCGGUGAUGCGGCGACUCCCGGCAGGUACACUCCGGCGAGCUCGUUCUCUACGAGUCCCUUUACUAGUCCUCUGCCGGCUGGUGUGGCGCCUUCACCGGCGAGGACUCCUGGCAGGAAGUUUAGGUGGCCUCUGCCGCCGCCUUCGCCGGCGAAGCCGAUCAUGGCUGCGUUGCUGCGGCGGCAGGGGAAGACGAAGCCGAAGGAUGGGCCUAUACCGGAGGAGCAAGGGGAGGGUGGUGGUGGUGGUGGUGGUGCGGAGGGAGAGAGGUCGCUGGAUAAGAGCUUUGGGUAUGGGAAGAAUUUUGGGGCGAAAUUUGAGCUGGGGAAGGAAGUGGGUCGUGGACAUUUUGGUCACACUUGCUGGGCCAAAGGGAAGAAGGGUGAGCUCAAGGGACAAUCGGUGGCUGUGAAAAUCAUUUCCAAAGCUAAGAUGACUUCGGCAAUAUCAAUUGAAGAUGUACGGAGAGAGGUGAAAAUGCUGAAGGCCUUAUCUGGACAUAAGAAUUUGGUCAAGUUUUAUGAUGCAUUUGAGGAUACCAAUAAUGUCUACAUAGUGAUGGAGUUGUGUGAGGGUGGAGAAUUGCUGGACAGAAUUUUAGAUAGGGGUGGAAGAUACCCAGAGGAUGACGCUAAAGCUAUUCUUCUACAAAUUCUAAAUGUCGUUGCCUUUUGUCAUCUUCAUGGAGUUGUUCAUCGUGAUCUAAAACCAGAGAAUUUUCUUUUUGUCUCAAAAGAAGCGGAUUCCGUGAUGAAAGUUAUUGAUUUCGGUCUAUCUGAUUUUGUUAGGCCAGAUCAACGCCUCAAUGAUAUUGUUGGUAGUGCCUACUAUGUUGCACCUGAAGUGCUCCAUAGAUCUUACAGUGUUGAGGCAGACUUAUGGAGUAUAGGAGUUAUAUCGUACAUAUUAUUAUGCGGAAGCAGACCAUUUUGGGCACGGACUGAAUCAGGAAUCUUCCGGUCUGUGUUAAGAGCAAACCCUAACUUCGAUGAUUCCCCUUGGCCAUCCAUAUCACCAGAAGCUAAAGACUUUGUGAAAAGACUUUUGAACAAAGACCACAGGAAAAGGAUGACUGCAGCUCAAGCUCUAGCUCACCCAUGGUUGAGAAAUGAAAAAAAUGCUAUUCCUUUAGAUAUUUUGAUUUACAAGUUAGUCAAGUCAUAUGUGCGUGCCUCACCUUUGAAACGCGCAGCAUUGAAGGCUCUCUCGAAAGCAUUAUCUGAAGAUGACCUUAUCUACCUCAGAGCACAGUUUAGCCACUUGGAUCCUAAAGAUGGUUGCGUUUCACUUGAGAAUUUUAGAGUUGCUCUCAUGAAAAAUGCUACUGAUGCCAUGAAGGAAUCGAGGGUCCCUGACAUUUUAAAUCUGAUGGAGUCACUCUCCUAUAAGAAACUGGAUUUCGAAGAGUUUUGCGCUGCUGCGAUCAGCGUAUACCAGCUGGAAGCUCAUCCAGAAUGGGAUAAAAUUGCUGCUACAGCUUUCGCAUAUUUUGACGAGACCGGAAACCGCGUCAUUUCAGUCGAGGAGUUGGCACAGGAAAUGAACUUGGGUCCUUCAACUUACUCAUUAAUGAACGAUUGGAUCAGAAAAUCUGAUGGCAAACUCAGCUUGUUCGGAUAUACAAAGUUUUUGCAUGGUGUCACAAUUCGUAGUUCAAAUUCAAGACACCGCCAGCUACCAUGAUUGAAAAGGGAGAUUUUAUCAUUAUUGUUGUUAUAGUAUUUGUUGAAAUUAAUUAGUUGGUGUCCUUUGUUCUUUUUUACUUUUGAAUUGAAAGAAAAAUAGCAAAAGGUCUUAGCAUUUUUUUGGAAAAAAAACAGAGCUAACUUAUUCAUGUGAGUUACGGUGCAAAGUAAAGUUGUCCCAUUUUGCUUGUGAGCAUGUAGAUGCCACUUGCAUCCUUGUAAAAUUUCGUGUUGAGAUUAAAGACCCUUCUCUUUGGGUCAACUUUAUCAUAUGGAAACAAUGUUGCACUU